AUGCUGCCAUCCAGCUUAAUCCGAGAGUUGUUACUGAAAUUUUUGCGGGUAUCAACUCCCGUGGUAGCGCGCCAUGGCUUCCAACCGCUGCUCCAGAGGGUUUGCGCGACCGCCUCCUCUUUCCAGCACCCCUCAUGCCUGGGACAUGGAUUCCCUCAUGACUCGACAGAGACUGGCGGCUACGGAGGAAGAGCUGACAUGGAGGAGCGUUUUCUGUUUCCCGAGUACGUCCCGGAGUCGGAGCUGGAGCCCGCGCCGACCCUUGGACAGCAGCUGCAGCAGCGACUGGAGGAGGAGACGCGACACAGGCAGCAGAGGCGGGAGGAGCGACGGCAGCAAAGGUUGUGGACCAGCUGCGGGUUGCAAGCGGUUUGGGGGCACCGGGACCCGGCGUUGCCGCCCAGCGGCGUGAACUGCUCUGGCUGCGGGGCCGAGCUGCACUGCCAGGACCCCGGCGUGCCGGGCUACCUGCCCAGCGAGAAGUUUAUCCGCGCCCAGGCUCAGGUCGAUGGCGGUCUGGCACGAACCGUGUGCCAGCGCUGCUGGCUGCUGGUGCAUCACCGGCAAGCGCUGCGCGUGCAGGUGAGCCGCAAGCAGUUCCUAGAGCUGGUGAGCGCCGCGCUGCGGCGGCCGGGGCCCGCUCUGGUGCUGUACCUAGUGGACUUGCUCGACCUGCCCGACGCCCUGCUGGCCGACCUGCCGUCGCUGGUGGGUCCCAGACAACUUAUUGUGCUGGGGAAUAAGGUGGAUCUGCUGCCCCAGGAUUCUCCCGACUACCGGAGACGGCUCCGGGAGCGGCUGUGGAACGACUGUGCACGCGCUGGGCUCCUGCCACCUCGGCACAGAGGACCACUGGAUCCCAGCAGAGCUGGGGACGGGGAGGAGACUCCGAACAAGGCGCCCGGACCCUGCCCAGUUCUUCGGGACGUGCGGCUGAUAAGCGCCAAGACCGGAUACGGGAUCGAAGAGUUGAUCUCCGCGCUUCAGCGCUCCUGGCGCUACCGAGGUGACGUCUACCUAGUGGGCGCCACCAACGCCGGCAAGUCCACGCUCUUCAACACACUCCUGCAAUCUGACUACUGCAUCGCCAAGGGCGCCGAAGCCAUUGACAAGGCCACCAUCUCCCCAUGGCCAGGUACUACAUUAAACCUUCUGAAGUUUCCUAUUUGCAACCCAACUCCUUAUAGAAUGUUUGAAAGACAAAAGAGACUUAAAAAAGAUGUAACAAAAACUGAAGAAGAGCUUACGAAGCAAGAACAAAAUCAACUUAAUAUCUUGAAAAAGCAUGGUUAUGUAGUAGGAAGAGUUGGAAGAACAUUUCUGUAUUCAAAAGAGCAGAAAGAUAAAACUACCUUUGAGUUUGAUGCUGAUUCACUUGCAUUUGACAUGGAAAAUGAACCUGUUAUGGUUGUAGACAAAUCCACCAAGCGGGUAGAAUUGAGCCCGCAGGAUGUAAAAGAUGCUCACUGGUUUUAUGACACCCCGGGAAUUACGAAAGAAAAUUGUAUUUUAAAUCUUCUAACAGAAAAAGAAAUAAAUGUUGUUUUGCCAACAAAUUCCAUUGUUCCAAGGACUUUUGUGCUUAAACCAGGAGCAGUUCUAUUCUUGGGUGCUAUAGGUCGCAUAGAUUUCCUGCAGGGAAAUCAGUCUGCUUGGUUUACAGUUGUGGCUUCCAACUUCCUUCGUGUGCACAUUACUUCCUUGGACAAGGCCAAUGCUUUGUAUCAGAAGCAUGCGGGUCAUACCUUACUACAGGUUCCAAUGGGUGGAGAAGAGCGAAUGGCAGAAUUUCCUCCUCUUGUUGCUGAAGACAUUAUAUUAGAAGAAGGACUUGGGGAAUCUGAAGCAGUGGCUGACAUCAAGUUUUCUUCUGCAGGUUGGGUUGCAGUAACACCUCAGCUUAAAGACAAACUGCAUCUCCGAGCCUACACACCUCAGGGGACAGUUCUGACAGUCCGGCCCCCUCUCUUGCCACGGAUCGUGAACAUCAAAGGAAAACGCAUCAAGAAAAGUGUGGCCUAUGCAACCAAGAAGCCUCCUUCCCUGGUAUACAAUCUGAAAAAAGAAAAGAAACAUCAGUGA